ACUGCAGACCCUCACUCUCAGCUGCUUUCAGACCUCAGACCUUAUCCUCCCUGGUGAAGGAGAGUCGGUUUAUGGAACUACUUUUCUGUGUUUGGCUGCAGGAGUUUUGGUAGAUUAAUAACUAUGGCAUCUUGUGUGAAAACUGAAAGGCCGGCGUUCUUUAUCAAGAAGAUUCUGGAGCUGGAAACACCUGAAAAGUUCUGGAAACUUCACCGACCCUGGGCAGAGAUUGGAGCAGAGAAGGAGAACGUAGGACACACAAUUCCCUCUAAACAAAUAUAUCCUCCUCAUCCUCAUCAUCCUCAGCAGAUGAGGCCGACGUGCAGCUGGUACAUCGGACGCAGACCGCGCACCGCCUUCACCAACUGCCAGGUGAAUGUGCUGGAGACAGUGUUUCAGGUGAACUGCUAUCCAGGUAUCCAGCUGAGGGAGCAGCUGGCUGUCAGACUGGAGCUGGAAGAAGACAGAAUACAGAUCUGGUUCCAGAACCGGAGGGCCAAACUGAGGCGGGCCCUGAGAGAGAGCCAGCUGCAGCUGGUUCAGACGGCCGUGGGUGACCUUGGGGUCAGACGGGAGGUCAAAGGUCACCUGGAUCUCGCUCAGAGGCUCGAGAAGGAAGAAGAGAAGGGAGGAUGACGUCUGGAUUCACUUUUAUUCAUCAGUUUGUGUCUCACUGUCAUGAAAAACUCUUGUUGACACAUUUAAAAUCUCCGUUAACUUACAUAUCCUUCAAAGGAUUUUAGUGUUUACACCCUGCUCUUGAUGAGUUAGUAAUGUCUCAAUAUGUGAAUAUAUUUCUGUUAAUAAUAAUAAAUUAAAGUAUUUAGAUUGUG